AUGUCGCAUAAUUCCAUAAUUUUAAACAAAUCAACUGCACCAAAACCUUUGAUUCCUUUCACCAUACUACCAAGUCCUUUUCAAACCGUAAUUGUGAUCAGUGCAACACAAUAUCAACAAGCCAUACAAAAAAUAAAUGUGCUUGAUAAUGAAAUUCGAAAUGCUGGUGUAAAUUUAACGCAUAUUCAAGAUGUUAGCAAGAAACAAAAGGCCAGUUAUUCGAACAUCAUUGCAGAAUUGAUUCCAUUAUAUGCGAAAAUCAAUCGAUUAAUUCCAUUAUAUUAUAUUGUAACAAAGAAUAAUGAUAUAGCAGCAAAAAAUAUUAUCACGAUGAAAUAUCUUAUUCAAAAACAAUUUAUAGCACUUCCCGAUGAACAGUAUUUCUUAAGGAUCGGUGAAUUACAAAGACACAAGGAAUUACUUUACCAACUUGAGAAAUAUGAAUACGCAAUAGAAAAACUACAAAAUUCUGGAGGUUCUGGAGCAGGUGCACUUGCAAAAUUUUUAUCUUUGGUUAAAGAUGAAGGUGAAGAUUCAUUUGGUCAACUUUCAAGUCAAGCUGGAGAUUUCAUAAUAGUUGUGGAAAUUAAUUUACUAAUUGAAAAAUUUGCUAUUGAAGAAACAGGGAAAAAUCAAGAUAAAUUAACAACUUAUUUUU